UGAAUCGUCCAAAGUGUUCGGACAGAAAUCCACGUAUCUCCGUUUAACGCUUAUUUCUGCAAAGUUUUUGCCGAGGAAUUUUAUAACAUCCAACAUCAAAAUGUACGGCAAUCAGCAAUCCGGUGGAUUCCGUGGUGGAAUGGGCAAUGGCGGUCGUAUGGGCGGUGGAAACGGCGGUGGCUUCCGCGGUGGAGACCGUUCUUCGGGUGGUCCGCGCAAUGGAAUGGGCGGUGGCGGCUUUGGUGCCAACCGCGGCUCAUUCGACCGUCAGGCCAACAACGGAGCCAGCUUACGUACGUUGCAGUGGAGCAGCUCCGAUCUGCCUGCUUUCGAGAAAAACUUCUACAAGCCAUCGGAGGAAAUGCAGAAUAUGCCCGACUCGGAGGUUACGCGAUUUCUGACCGAUCUGGAAAUUACGGUCAAGGGUAAGAAUGUCCCACGUCCAAGCAUGAGCUUCAAGGACGGCGGUUUACCCGAUUCUAUUAUGGAUGAAGUCUUAAAGCAAGGUUUCUCAAAACCGACUGCGAUUCAAGCGCAAGGAAUGCCAAUCGCAUUGACCGGACGUGAUAUGGUCGGUAUUGCUCAAACGGGCUCGGGAAAAACUCUCGCCUACAUUGUUCCCGGAUUGGUACAUAUUAUGCAUCAGGAUAAAGUACGACGUGGUGACGGACCAAUCGCUCUUAUUUUGGCUCCCACUCGGGAGUUGGCUCAACAGAUUCAACAGGUUGCAAAUGACUUUGGGCAUCGCAUGAAUGCUAACAACACGUGUGUGUUUGGAGGCGCUCCUAAAGGACCGCAGAUCCGGGAUCUAGAGAGAGGUGCAGAAAUAGUUAUUGCCACGCCGGGACGUUUAAUCGAUUUUCUCGAGCGAGGAAUCACCAACUUGCGUCGAUGCACUUAUUUGGUUCUUGACGAAGCAGACCGCAUGCUGGAUAUGGGUUUCGAACCGCAAAUCAGAAAGAUCAUGGGACAAAUUCGCCCAGACCGCCAAGUAUUAAUGUGGUCUGCUACCUGGCCCAAGGAGGUUCGUAAUUUGGCGGAAGAAUUUUUGACGGAAUAUGUCCAGAUCAAUAUUGGAUCUUUGAACCUUUCGGCCAAUCACAACAUCCUGCAAAUUGUGGAUGUCUGUGAAGACUAUGAAAAAGAUCAAAAAUUGCUUAAGCUGCUUACAGAAAUCUCAGCUGAAAACGAGACAAAGACUAUAGUAUUCGUAGAAACAAAACGUCGCGUGGAUGAUAUCACGCGUAAUAUUAACAGAAAUGGGUGGAGAGCCGUUUCAAUCCACGGCGACAAGUCCCAGCAAGAACGUGAUUAUGUUCUGAAUGGGUUCCGAAAUGGGCGUCAAGGCAUCUUGGUCGCUACUGACGUCGCCGCCCGCGGACUUGAUGUCGAAGACGUGAAGUUCGUAAUUAAUUACGACUAUCCGUCGAAUUCAGAAGAUUACGUUCAUCGUAUUGGUAGAACCGGUCGUUCUAACAAUACCGGAACAGCGUAUACGUUGUUCACUAACGCCAACGCCAACAAAGCUGGAGACCUGAUUAACGUUCUGCGGGAGGCAAAUCAGGUAAUCAACCCGAAGUUAGUUGAAAUGUCUAAGUCUGGCAUGAAUGGUCGUGGUGGACGUAAUCGCUACGGCAAUCGUUUCGGUGGUCAGCAAAAUCGACCACCACGCGACGGGGGCUAUGGUGGGCAGCGUAACGACGGAGGUAAUCGGUUCGGCAAUCGUGACGGUGGUAAUAAAUUCGGAGGUGGGCCGCGACGAGACGCUGUAGGGGACAAAUUUGGUUCUAAACCAAUGCAGAAUGGCGGUGGCUACCAGCCACGGGAUCAGGGUGGUCGGAUUCCCAACGGAUCCGGUCCACCACGACAGAACCGUUUUUCCGCACCCUCAGGGGCCCCGCAAACUUUCCCAACCGGUGGAAGCGUAGCUGCCAAUGGUUACAGUAAGGGAGCUUAUCAGGGCACUGCAGGGGCUACUGGCACUGGUACCGCUCACGUUAGCAACGGUUACGCAAGCUACAAACCUUACAGUACUGCUCCGCCAAGCCAAGCCGCAGCGCCCUCCUUCGGUGGAUACCCCAGAAGUACAGCAGCAAUUCCUCCUACGUAUCAAUUUACUUCCCUGCCGCAGGGUAGCCAGUCUUUUACGUUUCCUCCACCUGUAACGAGUAACUAAAUAUUUUAAUCCCUUCUCGCGUACAUUUUACAUUCUCAUUAAUUUCUAUUGACAUCAUCUAACCCAUAACAGAAACACUGAUAAUUUAGUAAUUUUAACGGUUAGAGUAUAACAAGUGAAUAGUUACUAGAAUAAGAAAAAAACAAAUUUGAUCAACUGUUAGCAGCAGGAACGAUUACUGCAUCAAUUUGAAAAUUUCGCAUUCAAUUUAUAGUGAAUCUUUUCUCCUUAGUUUCGUAGUGUUUCUCAGUACGAUGCGACGGAUUAUUUAAAUGUGAUAUUUUUCCACAUAGCCCAAAUUACAACAAUAUUAUCAAAUUUCUUAGCGUUCAUUCAUGUAUUUAUUAUUUACUUAGCGGAGGCUGUUCUCCGUGUUUUAUAACACGGAUAUAUCUACUGUGAAUUUAUUAAAUGUAUGAUGUGAAAUGUAAGUGAUGAUUGAAAGUGUGACUCUAUCAAACAAAUUAAAUUUAUAAACAAUGCAAUUCCAGAAUAAAAUAGCCAAAAGCAAAAUAAGUCAGCAGUGACACUAGCUCUGUUUGUUACAGGAAGGCUACAACAGUGUAUGUGUCUUUUUAGACCUUUGAAAUAAAACAGAUGGUUUUGGCAAAUAUUUUUAAACAAACAGAAUACAACUACAGUGUUUUAAUUGCACUUUUCCACACAAUAAUUGGUGUAUUUAGCUGAAGCAAUAGUACUAACCAUUUCCUUUUCCAGCACAUAAAAAAUAUAUAUACCCAGUAUUGUUACUAACAGCUCUGAAAUGUGUAAUUUAUUUUGCCAGAAUCAUGUUUUGGUAAAAUGAAAGUCGAUAUUUGGAGUAGUUAUAAAACAAUAAAAUUACAAAU